UAUAAAUGUGAAAUGUAUAAAAUUUGUGACACUAAUAAAAAAGAAUUCAUGUGCAAGUGUUUGGCAAUAGUUUUAUGUAAAUUUUAGGCAAUAACGCAAAUUUGUGCUAAUGUACUGUGCAAAAUUUCAUAAAAUAUUAUCAACAGUAUAAAAAAGAAAUAUGGCCUCAAUAGUUGAAGACACAUUUAAAGAUUUAAAAUUAUGUAUACAGACAAAACAGGGCACAAAAGCAAAAUUAUGCAUUUCAAAUAUAUUAAGAUUUUUUAAAGGAGAAGUUACUUCAUCUGAAAUAGAUUUUGCCUUGUCCAUUAUAUUUAAUGAAGACGAUGGCAUUAUACCAUUUAUCAAACAACAUAUCUCUGAAGUUUAUUUGCAAGAAAGUAUAAAGUUCUCAUUAGAUCUACUUCUUUUGCUGGUAGAGGAGCUUCCCAUUAAAAUUAGAGAACAUAUUAAAGAAAUAUCAAAGAUUUCAAUAAAAACUUUAUAUACCGAUAAGAUGGCAAAAGAAAAAUCUAUUGCUCUUCAAAUAUUGGUUGCUAUUGUGAAUAAUAAGGAAAUAGUGGAUUUAUUGGAUAUUAAUUAUGUUAUUGCACAAGUAGUCCAUCAUUUGGAAUAUGGAAAGUUAUCUAGUUUAGUGUAUGAACAAUUAUUUCCUUUACUUGGUAUAUUGGCCAGAGAUUUUCCAUAUGAAAUGCAAGAUCAUGUUUCUAGAGUUCAGGUGCUACUUUAUUCACAAUUUGAAACGCAAACAAAAAAUCUUGUAAAUACCAAAUUACGUAUAAUUCAUGGCAUAUUAACAGCUUUUGAAAAUAUGUUUUGCACAUUUGCACCAGACCCUGAAAUAGAUACAGAAGAAUGUUUGAGAUUAUAUAAUAUGCUAAAAACUAUGUCAUAUCCCGGUGAUGUAAAAUUUCGACCGGCUUUUAGAGCUGCUUUGAGCCUUUUAACAAAGCAUGGUAACUUGGUAUCAGAGCACCUAUACAAAGAUUGUCUGUGGUGGCAUAACACAUUACAAAGCUGGUUAAAACUCUCUUGGGAGGAUAUUUCAAUUGCUGUUCCUGCUAUAGAAGUUUUUCACAUUCAAAUUGCCAAAGUUUUAUUGAUAAAGAAGGAACUGAAAGUUUUACUGUUUUUCAUAAAUUUCUUCAAGACACAAUUGCAAACAGAAAAAAUUAAAACAUAUGAAUUGAGAAUAGUUAUAAGAGGAUUUGGAACAUUUUCCUCGUGCUGUUCAGCACUAUUAUCUCAAGAUGAUAUAAUUCCUUUAUACAAGAUCAUUAUUCAGCAAACAGAAGUUAUGUAUACAUCUGAAACUCAGCACAAAUCAAUACAAAACUUACCAGAAUACUUAGAAUCCUUAUCAAUUAUUAUUUCUCAUAUGCCAUCAAUAAAUAAUGUUCAUUUAAAGGCUUUACAAAAUUUGAUUGUGAUAUUAUUUCAAGAAUUUCAUCAAUUAUCAGGAUCUCAUCAUAAUCUAUGUAUCGAAUCCUUGAUGAAGACUUUCUUUAACAUAACACAGAUUAAUGGAUGUUUUUAUGAAGAAGUUUUGGAAGUAACUAUAUAUCAUGGUGUUAUUGGCACGUGUUCUCAUCCUAUAGCUAUUGAAUCAUUUGAGGAAAAUGAAGAUUUUUACAAAAACAAUAUAUCCUACAAAAACUUUUUACCAUUAUGGAUAGGAUUGCUAUCACAGAAAGAUGGUGUUCAAAAAGAAUUGAGUCUUAGAAUAUAUGAUAAUAUCAUGAAAGCAUUUUUUGCUAUCAUAAAUAAAUUAGAUUUGUCCACAAAACGUAAAGUGAAAAAUAAAAGUAAUGAUGAUGAUAUUUUAUACUGUGAUAUUAAAUCAAGCCUUGAACCAAAUAAACUAAAAGAUUAUCAUAUAUUUAUUAACAUGUGGAUUCCAACUUAUUUAAAAGAAGUAAUUAAUUGUUCUUACAAGUUUCCUAUUGCGAGUGGAUUUUAUAAACUAUCUUCAUAUGGUUUAGAUUUUUGUGAUAUUUGUGAAUACUUUGAUCAUUAUGAGGAAAGUGAAGAAAAGUCUUCUUGUUACGUUUUGGUCUUGAAUUUCUUACAGGAAUGUGCUGUGAAUGUUCGAAUGUUUAAUGGUGAUCUCCAAGAAUCUUGUCUUCGUGUACUUUUAACGGCUCCUGUGAUUUUUAUACCUGAGUUACUAGUAGAAGCAUCUAUUUCAUUGCAGAUUAUAUUUAAAUUGGGGUAUAAUCACUUGACCCUUGCUAGUUUGGCAUUGGAGACAUUAGAACGAUGGACAGAUCACUUAUCUAAAGAACAAAAUACAAUUUUGCUUGAUGAAGUUUUAUCAUGUCUUGAGCCUUACUUACAGAGUCAGGGUUUAAUUGGUGAUCCAGAUGUUAAGGUAUGUUUAAUAACAGAUUCGAGAAGUCAAAAGAAAGUGAAGAAACAAAUAAUAGAAGGAACACCAAGUGAACUUGCACUCUUGCAAAGAGAUAUUAUAACAUUCAUAGGAAAAUUGAGCUCAAUGGAUUGCUCAUCUUUAAUUUCAAAGAACAUCUCCAAUCAUUAUGAUCAUCUUAUUCCAUGGGAUCUCAAACAACAUCUUCGAUUUAGAUUGCCUUGUCAAGGUGUUAAACCAUUGAUUUAUUUGGACAAACUCUUGCCGAGGAUCAAUAAAUUGGUAUUAGAUUCUAAUGAUCGCCAAACUAGAAUUGCUGCUUGUGAGUUGCUUCAUGGGAUUGUGCUAUAUAUAUUAGGCACUGGUAUGCAAGUAAAUACUGCUCAGUUAGUUCACUUGUACACUAAUAUUUUUCCAACUUUGCUACAACUUGCUGCUGAUUCUGAUAUUAUAGCAAUGCAAUUAUUUGAUCCACUGAUGAUACAAAUCACGCAUUGGUUUUCCAGCCAAUGGAAAAUUAAAAGUAUUGAAACUUCUUUAUUAAUUGAUCAGUUGAUGAUAGGUACAUCUAAUGAAACAUCUGCUUCUGUUCGAGAUAUAUCUGCAAAAUAUUUAAAUGAGUUUGUGAAAUGGUCUCUACGUCAAGCAGAUCCUGAAGAUUUGAGAAGUUCAUCUGUUAAUUUAGAAGCAUUGAUUUCUAAAAUAUGCGAUUAUAGUAUUAAUUCUUCAGUUCAUAAGCAGUUAGGGGCAGCAUUGACUUUUAAUAAUCUCUAUAUGAUCUUCAGGGAGAAUGAUAACAUAGUUGAUCAAUUUUGGAUACAAUUAUCAACUUAUUUUGUACAGAGCUUGAUGGUUAAUAAAGACCACACUAAUAUUCAGCAGCUAGAAGAAACUUUGAAUCACCUAAUGCGUGUAUUGGUAGAAAAAAGUGAUUUGUUUAAUAGAGAUAGUGGGCAUCGAAAUAUACCACAAGUUUUGAAUGGUUGUUUAUUAAAACAUUAUGUAACAUGGCUUUUCAAACAUUGUGGGUUUGUUGAAAAUCAUUGUAGAAGAAAAUGUAUGGAAAUGUUUUUAAAACUAGCCGUUCUUGUGGAUGAAAUAAAUACUGCUCAUAUGUUUAUAAUGCAAAACACAGGAAAUUUUGUGAUUAAAUCAGUAAUAGAAAUAGGAGAAUGUUCAACAAAUACAAAUGGUUUAAAUUCUAAACCGACUCUUGAGCACCUAAAACAAACAGAGUUUAUUUUUGGAGACAUUCUCAAAUGGAUGAAGAAUUUGUAUGCAAGUUUGGACUUUUACGUUUGGCUUUUUGAAAAUACGUUAUUUACACCAACAACUUUAUUUUCUGAUCUCGAGGAAAGCAAAAUACUUGUGACAAUUCAAUACUUUAUCAAUAAUAUUGUAAAUAUUGAUCCUGCUGAUUUACCGGCAUUUUUAGAUGCUUCAGUCGUUCAACAUGUUACUGAAUCUGAUGCUGUAGAUUUAGUAACUUAUCUGGGAAUCAUAGUUCCUGUUUCAAAUGUAGUUGGGCCAAUAAAUUAUUUAGCGGAAUGGUGUAUGAAAUUGUUAAUGAAUACAACUGUAUCAUUAGAUACCAAAUCUAAAGUACUGGAUGUGUUGCCAUUUAUAACUGGACCUAAAGACAUAGAGAAUCCUGAAUUGACACAAGCUUUGAAAACUUUUCAAUCACUGCAUUUUCCUUUAGAAUCUAAAGAGUUUCGAGAAGGAAGUAUAGAAAGAGCUUCAUAUAUGUCCGCAUUUAGUGCCCUACUGAACUCGUUAUGCAAGUCACAGUCGCCAAUUUUAUUGGAAAGGAUUAUUAGCAUUAUUGCUGCUGAUUUGGAUCACAUCUGUGAAGAUGAAAUUCAGGAAAAGUUAUGCAGAACAAUUGAAAAUUGUGCACCAGAAAAUCAGUUUAAUCUUUUACGAAUUCCUUAUUUUCAAAUCAAAUCCAGAGAAUAUACUCCUUCUAUUAGAGUAUCAAUAUUAAAACGUGUGCUUGGAACAAUUUUAACAUCUUGUGAUCAGCAGAUCAUUGAAUUAUUUUACAAGAAUUUUUUUGAGGAAGAUUUUAAUAAUUUAAUUGAAAGUCCUUACACUUCAGCAAGUCGGGCUUGGGAUUUAAAGCAAGCUUAUGUGGAUAGAACUUGCUGUUUUCAUUUGAUUACGAUUUUAGUUUAUCUUUCGGAUCCAAGUAUUUUUGAUGAUGCAUCGAAUCCCAUAUUAAGAUCAUUUCCAGAUUUCAAACAAGAAAAUCCUAGAGAAGUAUUAUCGACGUUAACUAGAAAAGCAUUCAAAGCUCGAACUUUUAUGAAUUAUGAUGAAAAUGAUACCGAAAGCGCCGAGUUAUUCAGACAAUAUCAAUGUACUGCAUACAAAACACUCUGUAUUCUAAUAUGCAGUACAAAAUCUGAUCUAAAAUUUUAUACUGGUUUACUUUUUCGAGAAAAUCCUUUAAAAAAGGAAAUAAUCUGGCGAAAUAUAAUAGAUUGCAAAAGGAUUUAUGAAUUUCCUCAAGAAUUUGAAAAUUACCCUAAAACCAAAAAGCAUUUGGUAGAAAUUCGUAAAGCAGCGUCAGUAGACUCAGAAGAACUCAAUUAUCUUACACAACAGAGUAUUUUCUCUUCCAGUUUGAGUCAGGACAUCACAGAAUUUGAUAUGACCCACAACGUUGUACGUCGACAUCCGGUGGACCACAAAACAAAAGUUGAAAAUUUUGGUACACAAAUUUAUCUUACAGAAGAUUUCUUGAAUGAUCAUGAGUGCAUGAGCAUAAUCUGUGGUGUAAUAGGCCACAUGGUCACUAAGGGUAUUUCUCCGCUAGCACAAAAUCAAUCAUCAAUCAAUCAUGGCAUUAAUACUAAACAAGGUUCCAGUGUACCAGUAAUGCCCUCCUGGAUGGAGGCUCUAGUGCAGGUUUUGGCUAAUGCAGAGACUCCUGUAAACAUACGUUUAUUUAUUAUGCGAAUAAUUGAUAAUUGUCAGAUAGUUUUUCGACCAUACGCACAUCAUAUUUUAACUCCAAUAUUAGAACUACUUGUUGACGAAUGUGCUGGAUCUACUAUUAAUCAUUUUGUAGCCGACACGGUGGCAUUGAUGCUUUCUUGGCAUGACGUCGCUAUUCCGUCAUCUACUAGUAUCCAACGAAAUAUUGCGAGCCAAUUUAUGUAUUUUUUGAUGAAAAAUGCAUACCAUGAACGACGUGCAAUAUAUAAGCUCAACAUGGAAAUAAUUAAAAGUGUUGUGGAAAUUUGGAAGACUUGUCUAGAUUUUCCACUUCAAUACCUGUACCUUGCUCUUGAAAAUCCAGUGAAGGACAGUAAAACUAAUAUGGGAAUUGAAUUAGCCGGCAUUCUUCUGGCAAAUAAAAUAAUUCCUUGGCCUGAUUCUAAGAAGGACGAUUAUUAUAAAGCAUUAUGCAUGCAAUUUAAUAGCAUGGAAUCCAUUACAUAUAAACCCUGCAGUGAAGUUAUCGGAAUGGUUCUAAACUUAAGUUCUUUAGGGUCAGCUGAAAAUAUUCUUCUGAGUUCAGUAAACAGAAGACUAGAUUAUUUGAGAAGAAAUAAUACAGAUAUAUUCAUUAUUUGUCUUUAUGGCAUUGCAAAACACUAUCCAGAUAUUGCAUAUCCUUAUAUUACUUAUGUCAUUUUCAAUAUUUCAAGAGCAAUUGAUUUGCAGAAAACAAUGUUAUUGCAAAUUCUUUUGUCAGUAUUGGAACUAAAGGGUGAAGAGUUUUACUCCGAUAUUAAAACUUUGGAUUUUGAUUUACUUUUAAAAGAUAAAGAUACAGUUAUUUUAGCUUUAAAAAUUAUUCACAAACUAUUACCAUUUUUGCAAAAUGAUUUGAACCGGCCUUCAACUUUAAUACAAUAUGCUAAACGCUUGAUAAGUUCAGAAGAUACUAAUUGUAGAAGCGUUGUUUACGACAUAGCUAUGACUAGUUACAAAAUAAUACAAUUUAAAUCAGAUUAUGAUAUAUUGCAAAAUGUCCAGUAUAUAUUACUUUUGGGUCUUUUGGACUCAGAUGCUCAAAUGAAUGAUAAGAUGCAAACAUUCUGGCAAAGUGAAAAUGCUUUGCCUAAAACAUAUGAUGCCAUUUUCAAGUAUCUUAUGAGUAAUUUAUAUGAUGAACAUUUAGAAAAGAAUUUUAUACAGUAUGGUGUUACAAUACUGCUGCAAAUAGCAUUACAAGUUAGUGAUAUCCAGAGAAAUAUUUUUGAACAUCCUUUAUCUGAAUGUACCUUCAAAAGCUACAGUGUUGAGGAUAACUGGCACAUAAAGAAUUCUGCAACUGUGCCAUUGUUUGCAGAAUCUUUUAUUCCCAAAAUGAAGAGUAGAAGUACAGCCACUAGGAGUACUCAAGUUUACAUUGGAUCUCAAACUAUAGCAGCUUACUUUAAAUCGAAUAUAGCAAAAAUUCCUAUGAUACAAGCAACUCAGCAAGAACAAUUACAAUUUGCACCGACUUUUGAUUUGCAAAAUACACAGCCUCUUGAUGUGAGCCAUGACACAUUAAACUAUCUAAUGUUUGAUGCGGAUAACGAAGAAAUAAAAGUAGAAGACCUUGGAAGUCAGCAAUUAAAAGACUCAUUUUUAAAACUUCGAAGACGAUUGCUUAAAGAUAAAGAUAAAGCAUCACAACAAUUUGCAGCAAGGGCUAUUGCUAAAAAGAAAAAAGACAGACGUAUUUUGACAAUUAGAUCAAAGAUGAAAACUUCAAAAGUAACCAUGUAUCGGCAAUAUCGUAUUGGCGAUUUUCCCGACAUUCAAAUAACAAAUGCAGCCAUUUUGCUUCCAUUAAAAGAACUUGCAAAGCGCGAUUCCAGCAUUGGUCAAAUUGUAUUACAUUCUAUCUACAUAGGCAUAAUUGCGGAAUUAGAUUCUGAAUCACAAAAACAUUUUAUCAAGGAAAUUAAUCAAAGUAUAGAAAAUAUUUUCAGAAAAAGUCAGUUAUGUAAUUCUAAUAUUAUGCGCACUAUAUUCGAAAUGGCACUUGAAUACCCAAAACUAAUGAAUAUUGGACCAGACGUUAUUUCUUUAGUAUCUCAUACAAGCCAACUGUUGUCAUUGGGUGCCUUAUUAUUAGAAAACAGACUUAAUGGUGAAUUUUUAGAUAAUGAAUGUGCAAACAAACGAUCUACAAUAGAGGACAAUGAUGAAUAUAACCAUUGGUUAAAACUAGCUGGAAUUUAUCAAUCAAUGGCGGACUAUGACACUACUCAAGGUAUAUUUAUGAAGGCAUUAGAGUGCAAUGAAGAUUUUGCCCGAGGUUUAGAAUUGGAAUAUAGUGGUGAUUAUUACAUGGCUAUGAAAUGCUAUGAAAGAGUUGUAUCGGGGACAACAAGCGCAAUAAAUGAAACUGAAAGGCAAUUUCAUAAAGAAUGUUAUUUCAAUUCUUUUGCUAAACUUGGGCAUUGGGAUGAUCUGAAUAUUGGUAUAAAACGGCAAGUGGAUUCUUUGGAUGAGAUGUGGACUGAACAAUGGGCACAGGAAAAACUAUUUCCAUUACUCAUAACAUCUGAAAUUCAUAAAGCUAUUAAUAGUUCAGAAAAUUCAGAGUUCAGUUUUUUUUUGAGUAGUUGGUUGAGUGAUUCAGAGAAAGCAGCUUAUUUAAAAACAAAUUUUAGUGAAGAGUUGUCUAUUUUUAAUAUUAUUAAUGGUGAUAUAUUCGGAGGAGGGUACUAUUUGGAACAAAAAUUAAUUAUGUUCUUAAAAGAUUGGUCAAAUUUAAAUUUUUUAUCGAAUGAACUGCGAUUAAUGAAAUUAAUGGAUAUUCAAAAAACAUCAGAAAUUCAGAUGUUUAUGCGCACAACUAAGAAAAGUGAUAAAAUCGAGUACGCUGCUACAGUAAGGAAAUUGAUUAAAAAAUGGUUGAACAAUAUGGCAAAACCUUCAGACUCAUUAUUAAUUUGGGAAUCAAAGCUUGCAUACCGACUAAUGUUUUCUAAUCAUAUCAAGAAGCAGUUGGCAACUCUACCUCAAGAUUUUGCUUUUAUCAAUGAAGAACUUGAUAAUUGUAAGAUUAAAAUGGAAUUGUCAUUUCUUGAUGCUGCCAUAAAGCAAAAGAACUUAGGUUUGUCUAGGAUAUAUAUCAGAAAACUUAAAGAUUUGGGGAAGCAUGAGGAUCCGGAAAAAAAUUAUAGAUGGAGGAUAUCUAGAUGUCAACAAAUUUUCUUACAAGGAAUUCUUGAAACCGAUAUUGACAAAAAAGUUCAGGACUGCCAUAGAUCUUGGGAUAUGUUAGAGUCUCUGAAGGAAAUAGAUAAUUUGAAGUAUUAUCCAAAUCUUUAUAUUGAUGUACAUCAUAGUAUCGUCGAUGUUACUAAAUUGUUUAAACAUCUAAUUUUUGAAAAUGCGAACAUCCUAGAAAACUACCCGUCUUUAGAGAAUUUCAUAUUAAAACACGGCCAGGAAAGAGGAUUAAGCCAUUCGAAAACAUUAGAUAUUUUUGGUUUUAAAUGUUUACAAAAAUCUAUCAAGUAUGCUGAAGCUGCUCAUGCAAAUAAUGAUAUAAAUAUAGAAAUAAGCACUGUAACAAAUUGCUACAAAAAAAUGAUACAAUUUAAUAUGCAUAAUUUAAAAUAUGCUGAAGAUGAUUUGAAAAGUGUAUACAUUUUAUCAAUGAUAAAAAGUAUUUUAAAAGCUAUGGCCUUAGGAUCAGUUGAAGCAAAGCAACUUUUUCCUGUUUUACUGGAAUAUGAUGAAAUUAGUGCUGACAUGAAAGAUGUGUUUUUAGAAUUGUCGGCCCAAGUUCCAGAAUGGAUGUUCAUACAAUGGGCUCCACAACUUUUAGCACAGUUGACAAGUAAUCGGUCAGAGACUAUAGGGCCAAUUGUUAUCAGAGUCGCAGAAUCGUAUCCCGACGCACUGCAUUAUCCUUUCAGGCUUAGUAUUCUUAAUUACAAAUGCCUAGCUGGUAGUUAUGCUGAAUAUUGUGUUGCUAAGUUAAAACAAGUAUUGAUGAAAAAUUCUUUGAUAGAUAGAUUCAUUGAAGCUAUUUCUUGUAUAUGUCUGCCAGAAAUAUUAUUAAUAAAUGCCUUAGGAAAAUUAACAGAUAAAAAUUAUACUGAUAUGAAGAAUUUAAAACGCAUGCUAUUUCAACAAAACUUACAUCCGUUGAGAGGAAAAGCAUUUGAGGCAAUGACCAAAUUUGAGAAUUUGUUUAGUACUUAUAUGGAAAAACCGUCUCCGGAAUUGUUAAUGGAAAUUAAAAUGUUGUUGAAAUCGCUCUCUAAUCAUCGUCCGAAAACCUUGCGGGACUUGUGCCCUUGGCUUGCCGAUUUCACACCUCAAGAUAGUGUCGCACUUGAAUUACCAGGACAAUAUCAGGGACACAAAAAACCUUUGCCACACUAUCAUGCAAAAAUUGCCCGAUUUGACCAAAAGAUAACAGUACUACUUUCUCAAAGAUUGCCAGUUAAAAUAGGAAUUUAUAGUAGCGAUGGUAAAGAACAUGUUUAUUUAAUAAAAUAUGGUGAAGACUUGCGCUUGGAUCAAAGAAUUCAGCAAAUUUUCUCACUGAUGAACGAGCAGCUUAGUCUUAAUACUGAAUGUAAUUUCCGGCGUCUUUCAAUUGUUACCUACAAUGUUACUCCGCUUACGUUAAAUUUAGGUAUGAUUCAAUGGAUACCGAAAACGAAGACAUUGCGCGAUAUGAUGUUUUUAAAAGAACCAGGUAUUAAAAACAGAGUUGAAGAAGUACGGUCUUCGUAUAACAAAUGGAUCAGACAGGCUUCAAAAACGGAUCCUACAUCAUUUGUCGCAUUGUAUGGAAACGCUGUGGUCCACUAUCACAGAGACGCUGUGAUUUCAAAAUAUCAGGAAUUAGUUAAUAGGAUACCAGAAGAUAUACUAAAAGACUCUUUUAAAGAAAUGAGUGCCAACGCUGAAAGUUUUUUCACUUUGAGGCAUAAUUUCGCAACGAGUUACGGUACUAUGUGCAUUGCCCAUUGGCUAUUAGGCAUCGGUGAUCGCCAUUUAUCAAAUUGUUUAAUAAAUAUAAAUUCUGGAUUUGCGGUCGGAAUUGAUUUCAAUUGUGCUUUUGGUUCUGGGGUAAUGACAUUGCCGAUUCCUGAAUUAUUGCCAAUCAGGCUGACACCUCAUAUUAUGAAUCUUAUGGAACCUACAGCUGCAUUUGGUCUUAUCCCAAGAGUUAUGGUGCAUGCUCUAACUGCUUUAAGGGAUGCAAGAUCAGUUUUAUAUGCCACAAUGAAUAUUUUUAUGCAUGAGCCGUUAAUUAAUUGGCUGGAACCUAUAAAAAUGUAUGGAGUGCGAUCCGAGGAUAAUGAAGCUUUAAAUUAUACUGAUAGUAGUAUAAGUUCAGUGGAAAAUGAGCAAACAAUGGCGCAUUUGAAAUUGCGCAUGGCGCGUCUCAAACUCCAAGGUUCUAAUCCUGUCCAUAUUCUACAAGACGAGUUGAAACAUUCUUUUGUUUCUACUAUCAAUGAAAUUUACGUAAAUCAUUAUAUCGAAAAAGGAAUGGGAGUGGAACAACAUAAUAUACGUCGCAGAAUAAAAAUGAAAGAUUUAACUGCUAAAGAACAGGUGGAUUGUUUGAUAGAUUUAGCAACCGAUCGUAGUAUUCUUGGUUGUACUUGGCAUGGUUGGGAUCCCUGGAUGUAA